AUGGCUCUCCUCGGAAGGCAUCGUGGAAGGAUGAAUCCAUCUGCUGCGGCCAUCAGCCUGAUGCUCUUCGUGAUUAUGGUGCACUUCCGCGCUGCAAAAGGCGCCAUUCUCGGAGCAACGGACGCUUUGGAGUCACACUUCAUAGUGAGGCGCAAUGGUCGAGAGAGUCUCACUUUCGACUUCGACGGAGAGAAGGACAAGAGCUACUGUAUGGUCUCAGACAGGCGCCUGCAGGUGAAUGUCCACAUGUCCGGUCUUCCCCCAGGCACUACAGUGGCCUCUCAGCCAGGCGAAGACGUGGCACUAUUUCAAGAAGGCACGUGGAUGUCGGCCCUUGGGAUAAUGUACAUCGAUCAUGAUGAGGAGCAGCAGAGACUUACGAUUGAGCUGGACCAGUUAGUUGCACAAGUUGGCGGAGAGCUUCCCUUCAUAUUGACCUUCAACGGGGAUCCAACGAUUGUUUUGAAUUCGGCUCAGGCCACGGGCUCCACCAUCUGGCGCAGCACUGACAGCUUCGCGAGCGUCAGCCGCGUCGCCGGACGUCCGAACGCCCUGCUCGUGAUUGUUCCGGACGUUCUCGAAAUGGAGCUGGAAGCAGAAGUCGAAGAAGACAUCAUUACUGACCCGCCCGUCUACUUUCUCAACUUUGACUUCAAGAGGAUUGUGGUCGGUGCGGAAGUACACGGAUUCCUGGGCCAAAUGUUUGCUCCCGGCGCAGAGGAAGCGCGCUCGGCUACGGAAACGCUCGACGGCUUCCUCCUUCGCGAAUAUGUGGAGGGCGUGAAUGCGGACUACGAGACGUCCGGCGUGACUUCAACCGACUGCAUCUUCAACCGCUACAACAUGGCUUCCGACGACAAAGUCCUCGAAGCCAAUGCUUUAGAAGAAAUGGGCGCGACUCUACAAAACGGAAACUUCCAGAGUCACCGUCUCGGACGUCGUCUCAUGGUCCAGGAUUUCAUUGGUCGCCCUUAG